CAUUUCUUCUAACAAAAAAACCAUAUUCUCCUUCUUUUCACUCUUUUUCUCUUCUAUUAAACUUCUCUAUCUUUUCGAAUUAAGACUCUGACGUUAUUGUUAUCAGUCAGAAAAACCUUACAUUAACACCUUAAAUAUAUAUACUUAAUUUACGUUUCCAUCAUGGAUAAGGUGUUUAAUAGUGCUGCAUUCAUAGCAAAAACAACCUCAGCCAACCACGACGAGUUUUUGGCAAGGCGUUGUGUAUGGGUGAACGGGCCAGUGAUAGUCGGAGCAGGCCCAUCGGGCCUAGCUGUGGCUGCAGGGCUAAAAGAACAGGGUGUGCCUUACAUUGUGCUGGAACGAGCCAAUUGCAUCGCCUCCCUAUGGCAAUCGCGAACAUAUGACCGCCUUAAACUACACCUUCCUAAGCAAUUCUGUCAACUUCCAAAAUUCCCAUUUCCUGAUGAGUAUCCUGAGUACCCUUCUAAAGAUCAGUUCAUAAACUACCUUGAAUCUUAUGCUAAACACUUUGAUAUUCAACCACAGUUCAAUGAAUCAGUGCAAUCUGCUGAGUAUGAUGAAACUUGUGGUCUUUGGAGGAUUCGAACUGCCUUAGGGAACGAUCAAUCAACCAAUAAGCGCGAGGUUGAGUACAUUUGCCGGUGGAUUGUUGUUGCUACAGGGGAGAAUGCUGAGAAAGUUGUGCCUAAGUUUUUUGGAUUCCAUGAAUUUGGUGGUGAUAUUAUUCAUGCUUGUGAGUAUAAAUCCGGUGAAAAAUAUCGCGGUAAGAAAGUUUUGGUUGUUGGGUGCGGGAAUUCAGGCAUGGAAGUCUCCCUUGAUCUUUGCAACUACGAUGCUACACCCUUCCUUUGUGUUCGUAGCUCGGUUCAUAUUCUGCCAAAAGAAAUGCUGGGAAAAUCAACAUUCGAGCUGGCAACUACACUACUAAGAUGGUUUAAGCUACCAACAGUAGACAAAAUACUGUUGUUUCUUGCAAGCAUAUUGCUAGGAAACACAGAGAAAUAUGGUAUGAAAAGACCAGAAGUAGGUCCAUUGGAAUUAAAGAGUACAGAGGGGAAAACCCCAGUGUUGGACUUAGGAACAUUUGGAAAAAUCAAAUCUGGAAAGAUUAAGGUUGUUCCUGGUAUCAAGAGAUUUUCUAGGGGUAAAGUCGCCUUCGUUGAUGGUCAGAUACUUGAGAUCGAUUCAGUUGUUCUCGCUACCGGAUACAAAAGCAAUGUUCCUUCAUGGCUUAAGGAAAGUGAUUUCUUUUCCAAAAAUGGGUUCCCAAAAGCUCCAUUUCCUAAUGGUUGGAAAGGAAAUGCUGGAUUAUAUGCAGCUGGGUUCACAAGAAGAGGGCUAUCUGGUGCAUCGGAAGAUGCCAUCAGAGUAGCCGAAGACAUUGGAAAGAUUUGGAAGGAAGAAACAAAGCAAAGAAGGCGUCCUGCGGCUUGUCAUAGGAGGUGCAUUUCACAGUUCUAAGGAACACAUGAAAAACUCUUAAAUUUGUCGAAAUAUCUACAUUUUUUAGUUCGAUUUGACGGGUUUUUGUCGAAUUUUAGGCAGUUGCAUAGAAAUUUUCUUAUUAGGUGCAUAAAGUUUACAUGGUAGCCCUCUCCCUAAAAAGAUUAGUGUCCCUUGGGUUGAAAAAAAUUGAUUAUUGGGACACCUUUUUUAUAGAGGAAGAUGAGGCUUUUGUAUAGAGAAAAACGAGGCGUUUGGUCAAUCAGAAACAACAUUACAAAGUGUGAGGUUACGUAAAUCUGAUUCAUUUAAAUCCUGUCUAAGCGGAGUUUGUUAGUGUCAUUAGAAGCGGAGUUUGUUAGUGUCAUUAGAGUAAUGAAAUGUUGUUGUGUAGUGUGUGAAUGUGAAAGAUCUUGGUGUAACAAUCAAAAAGUAAUCUAAUCAAAGGAAUUUUUUUGACUUAAAAC